AAGAAGCCUACGGGUCGAGAGUAUUUUGCUAGCCUAACCUUUCGGCUGACCGCAUAGCUCAACCGCCAAGUUCUUCAUUUAGGCCUUGCCAUAGGCACAUGUUUCGCGCGCCAACUAUACAAGUCGCAUCGACGAGCAAGUACCAGGAGCUGCGAAGCAUUGUUCCCAGAUCGAGCAACGAGAAAUAGUUCCCUCUUGCCGCGAUGGACGGGCAUCGACGACCCAGCCUCGCGGAAAGGUUGGCAAUGGAGGACGGACCACCGGUCCACCACUCUUUUGCUGCUUUUUCGGCCGCAGAUAACAGCUCACUACUCGCACCUGGCAUGCCGAUGGUACCUAGCAUUGACUACGUCCAGUCGGCGGGGAGUCCGACUUCAAGGUAGCCAUCAUCGCCUUGAUCUUCUGCAUCAUGUUCAUGGCCGUACUCGCACUGAUCGUCUUUGUCCUCGCUGGUGGUAGUAGCAACGACGAGGACGAAGACGCCGUGAACGCGACUUCGAGAAACGCCACGUCGGGUGUCACUGUUCCGGGCGUGAAACCGGCGAAUAACCUGCCACCGCCGCCCGCACGCGCCACUCUGCCUCACGAGCCGUUGGAGGAAGCCACGACUCCAGCGGAAUCUUCAACUCUGGAGCGGACCGACUUCACCGAACCCCAUCAUGAUUUGCCAAGCACGCCGAGGGCAACACCGCGUGUAUUCACUACAGCUGAGAGGACUCAAUAUCUGUUGACCACCGCACAAGCUACGCAGCCGACUACCACGAAGCCGACUGCGCAGCGAACCGCUGCGCCUACCACGAGGCCGACCACCAAGCCAAUUACGAAGCCCCAUGCGCUACCGACGGGACCCACGACUCCGCCGGUCAAGGAGAUCGUGUGCACCGUGAGCCACUCCGCUGUCACGGAUUCCAUGUACCCGCCGGACAAGUACUGCGACUACCUGUACUACUGCGAGGUGGUCCUCUCGGAACACGAACUGCGCGGCGCCGUGGACGACGUCAGCUGGGCGCUGUUCCAAAAGAAAGCGGCGAGGAGGACUUACCGUCGUGUCAAAGUCGGCGUCGCCUUCGACUACCGCUAUAUCACGGCACGGAUGUUAGACGGCGCCAGAGCCGCUCUGGCGGGCCUGUCCCAGAAGAACAUCAAGCACUACGGCCUGCUGAACGUUGUAGUUUCCCUCGGAGAACUCGUAUCGACGGUGACGGCGCUUAAAUCGGUCCUCGAAAAGCUCAAAUUCGUGCAAGGGAAUGAUACCGACAGGAAGACCAUCAUGGCCAUAGGACUGUACGAUUACAGCGAAGGGAAUGCGUGGAAGACGUACAAGGACGUCGUAAAGAACGUCGUCGACACUUACAAGGUCGACACCGUGAUCGCCAUUUCCUCGGCUGUUCAAGCGAGGAGCGAGUCCGAGUGCUACGCCGUGCCUCCGACGGCUCUUUACUCUCCGAACCCGAAGUUCAUUGGCCUGAUGAACCAGUCCGAGCUGGUGGCACCCGGGUACCCCUACGAGAACCCAAUGGCGGUGGUGGGCCUCUCGCUCGAGCUCGGAACGCUGCUCUACAACCUGCGUAACGACGCCCAGGCCGAGCAGGACAUCCCGUACGCUCCGUGCGUCGACGCAAGCAUGACCAGCCUCGACGUGCUUUGCGCGCACGGUCAAUCCACGCCGAUCAGUCGCGAUGGCAACCCCGUUGCUGUCGCCGGAUAUGCGUCGACGCCAUCCAAGAAGAAAGUCUUCUUGGCGGAGAUACUCUCGACUUUCAGCAACAAGUAUCAACGAAUGGCCACCGGUGCAGGCUUCCGCAACCGUAUGGCGUGGCUGUUGUACAACGUUCACCUCGGGGACCACACCAGGGAUUGCACCGGACCGUUCGACGCCCUCGCGAAGGUCUGUCAGCAAAUUAAGGACCGUUCGUCUUGCUAGGACACCGUGACCUCAAUGGAACUUCUAGUUAGCAUCAAUCGUGGAUGCGACCGCGACGUCACCUCAUACGCUACACAUUUGUGACGACGGCCACAGAUACUUCUAUAUGUCUCCUAGCGGGAAAAGCCGGCGUCUCGGCGAAAGCUGUUUUACUAUAACUGUCAUUAAUGUGUGUAUGUUGUCACGUUGUUGUUUUUUCGCUUUUAGCGAAGUGCACUCUUGAAUUUAUCGCUCUUGCGCUGUCUGGCGAUAUCUGUGUGCCCAAUAAACAUAUUUGUGCACACAACCUGGUCACACUUCGAUAACACGGAUGUUUGGAUAUUUGAGAUUAACUUGUUUGCGGUGCGCCAGAGUUCCUUAUUGGAGAGUAUUAAAACUAAUUGACGAAGCUUUCUAAUGAGGUAACU